UCAGUACAAUCCUACAUCCCCAUAGACCAGUACUACUCGGAACUUCUCUAAUAAAACUACCCAAAAACAAAAUAUUUUAUAACGAUUUAUACAAACUAGCAAGAUGGAAAUAGACUAUCGUGCCAUGGUCCUCGAGUGCCUUCGAGAGAAUGCCACCAAUAUGCGGAUAGAGCACGAGGAUCUGGGACGUCGUAUUUCCAUUGCCUUGGAGAAGUCCCGGGAGAGUCUCGCCUGUAUCGAGAAUAUGAACAUGGAACUAAGAAAAAUGAAGGAAACGGUUCUCACCUCGCUGGGAAAUUUGAAUGAACCAGAACCAGAUUCAGAAUUUGAGAUAAAGUCAACUGUUAGCAGGCUUUUGAACAGGCUAUCGGCGACUGUAGCCGAUUAUUCAUUGGAUUAUGAAUUUUCCCCGGAAAUAAUUACGAUCUUGUUGGGUGAACCGGGUCAAGGAGUUUUGGAUGAACAAGUCAAGCCCGAUUUGGCUGAAGAACCAGUUGCUGAAAAAAAGGAUUCUAAUCAACCUGCUACCGAACAGGAAUAAUAAAUCAUAAUUUAUAUAA